CACAACACGUGAUCACAACACGUGAUCACAACACGCAGGGUUUUACCGCGAAAACAGUCCGGCUGCUGCUCCGCUCACCCACCGGCACCGGGGCGUUUAACGGGAGGGUAACGGCACCGGAGAGGGUAACGGGAGGUAACGGGAGUUUAACGGGAGUUUAACGGGAGUUUAACGGGAGGUUAACGGGAGGUUAACGGGAGGGACCGGGAUGUUCUGUGAGAAGGCUGUGGAGCUGGUCCGGGAGCUCCACCGGAUGAGCGACGGACAACUGCCCGCGUUCAACGAGGACGGACUGCGGCAGGUUCUGCAGGAGAUGGAAGCUCUCUAUGAACAGAACCAGACCGAUGUUAACGAGGCGAAGGCUGAAGGUCGAGCUGACCUCAUCCCGUCAAUCAAACUACGACACUGCUGUCUGCUGAGGAACCAACGCUGUGUCUCCGCCUACCUCUACGACCGGCUGCUGAGGAUCCGAGCUCUGCGGUGGGAGUACGGCAGCGUUCUGCCCGCUAACGUCCGCUUCCACAUGUGUGCAGAGGAGGUGCAGUGGUUCGGUCAGUACAAGAAGUCUCUGGCCUCCUUCAUGCGGUCCCUGGGGGGGGGCGAGGGUCUGGACAUCACUCAGGACAUGAAGCCUCCAAAGAGCCUCUACAUCGAGGUGAGGUGUUUAAAGGACCACGGAGAGUUUGAGAUCGACGAUGGGACGGUGAUCCUGCUGAAGAAGAACAGCCAGCACUUCCUCCCACGCUGGAAAUGUGAGCAGCUGAUUCGUCAGGGCGUCCUGGAGCACGUGGUGUCCUGAGGAGUGAUUCCAUUGGCCGAACUCAUCCAGCGACUUAAGGCUCAAAAGUCCGGAUUCACGGCGUCCCCUGAACACAACACUCUUCUGAAGGUUUCAUUCUGAUUCAAAAUAAAAUGUCUUUUUCUGAA